AUGCCUCCCAAGUCCGGAAAGAAGACCGCCGCCAUGCCCUACCCCCAGGGCAAGGCUGGCUCCAACAAGAAGGCCGCUAAGAACCCUCUCAUCGAGAAGCGUUCCCGCAACUUCGGUAUCGGCCAGGACAUCCAGCCCAAGCGCAACCUGUCCCGCUUCGUCAAGUGGCCCGAAUAUGUCCGCCUGCAGCGCCAGAAGAAGAUUCUGAACAUGCGCCUGAAGGUUCCUCCUUCGAUCGCCCAGUUCCAGAACACCCUGGACCGCAACACCGCUGCCCAGACCUUCAAGCUCCUCGCCAAGUACCGCCCUGAGACCAAGGCCGAGAAGAAGGAGCGUCUCACCCAGGAGGCUACCGCUGUCGCUGAGGGCAAGAAGAAGGAGGAUGUCUCCAAGAAGCCCUACAACGUCAAGUACGGUCUCAACCACGUCGUUGGCCUCGUUGAGAACAAGAAGGCUUCCCUCGUCCUCAUCGCCCACGAUGUUGACCCCAUUGAGCUGGUUGUCUUCCUCCCCGCUCUCUGCCGCAAGAUGGGUGUCCCCUACGCCAUUGUGAAGGGCAAGGCUCGUCUCGGUACCGUUGUCCACAAGAAGACCUCCGCUGUCCUGGCUCUCACCGAGACCCGUGCUGAGGACAAGGCUGAGUUCUCCAAGCUCCUCUCCGCCAUCAAGGAGGGCUACACCGACAAGUACGAUGAGUCCCGCCGCCACUGGGGUGGUGGUAUCAUGGGUGCCAAGGCCAACGCCCGCCAGGAGAAGAAGCGCAAGGCUGUUGAGAACGCCAUCAAGGUCUAA